AUGAAAAAGAAGAAUAUCCUGCUGUUUUCAGCUAUCUUGUGGUAUCAAGUACUAUCCGAAGACAAACGCCAAUCAGUCUCAGAAUUUUUUCGGUUAAUCACUAAAAUAAAGCAGCUCAACCUUCAAUCAUUCACAGGACCUACUUGUUGUAGUAUUAGUGAUAGUAGUAGUGCUACUUGUGGUAGUGCUACUGCUUGUAGUGGUUCUACUAGUGGUGGUAGUAGUAGUGCUACUUGUAGUACUGCUGCUUGUGGUACUAGUGGAGGUACUAGUGCUACUUGUACUACUGCUGCUUGUGGAACUGGUGGUGGUGGUGGUAGUGCUGCUUGUAGUACUGCUGCUUGUGGUACUGCUGGUCGUAGUAGUAGUGCUACUGGUAGUACUGCUCGUGGUACUGGUAGUGCUGCUUGUGGAACUGCUGGUACUGGUACUAGUGCUACUGGUGGUACUCGUGGUAGUGGUGGUGGUGGUAGUGGUGCUUGUAGUACUGCUACUACUUGUAGUACUGCUGGUGGUAGUAGUACUAGUGCUGCUACUUGUGGUGCUGCUAGUGGUAGUAGUAGCAGUGCUAGUAGUGGCACUGCUGCUGCUCGUAGUAGUAGUAGUAGUGGUGGUGGUGGUCGUGGUCGGUAUUGCUGA